CCCCUUAUCAAACACAACUCUGGAAAAUGCACAGCGAUUUUCUUGCUGUGGAAAAUCUUGUUUUGACAAGCAGAUAAAGCAUCGUAGAAAACAAAGCUAACAAUUGUUGGUUCAGAGGAAAAAUACUGCGAAAUAAAGCUAACGGUGAAGUAGACAUCAUCACUAUUUCUUUACUGCUGGCAUCGAAUCGAAAGGGAAACAUAUGCGGAACUCGCUAAACAUUCGAUAGUUUCCAUUGCUUCCAUCACACUGCUACGGAAAAAGAUGGCCUCCGGCGAGGGACGGUCGUGAACGUUAAGUGAAAAAGUGUACCAAACUCCUCAGUGCAAAUGGCAGGCAAACCGCCCCAGCAGGACACCUCCGAGCUGGGUUACGCGUACGUGACUCCGGGUGGGAUGUUCCUGCGGCUGAAAAACAGCCUCUCGCAGUUCAGUGAUUUGUUCAGCGAGUUUAACAAGUAUAUUGCACCAGCCUAUCAUCACGACCGCUGCGAACGAUCCGUCCAUAUGCGACUGUACUCGAUGAACAAGCGGGAGUUCGUGGUGGUGUUUCUGGCGUUCUUUGCCUGUUUCGGGCUUGGCAUUUUUAUUGGGCUGGCCGGUCCACCCAUCACGCUAACCACUAUGGUCACCGGAAGCUCACUGAUGCCGAAUACAUCCGGUGCGGCGGGUGGGGAUUAUCUGGCCAGUGGACCGUUCAUUAUGCGUACUCCGCUGAUGACGACUUACUCUCAGCAGCUGUGGCUGAUUUCGAACAUCGAAACGGACAACACAGACGAUGAGAUUUUCGACAAAAGUUUUCACGUUAGCGUUGGGAUCGAUGGGCUUACGAUGGAGCACAAACCGACGACGAUUCUGCGGUUAGAACAUGGGAAAAAUAGAACACGGCAUCUUAGCUGCUCGCGAAAUUCGUGCGAAGAGUUUAUUGUUCUGCAUCUGGGAUUCCUAGAUUAUGCUCAUUACAUCAUUACGGUGCGAUUUUACGGAUUGGAAAAUGUCCAUCACCGGUACAACAUUAACAGCGUGCAGUUCUACUUCAAGACGUACAAUCCGGCAUUUACGCAGAUCGAAAUCUGGUUCCGAUUCAUCUUCCUACUGUUUACGUUCAUCGUGACCUGCUGGUUCGCUCACACGCUGCGCAAGUACCCGAUCUACGAUUGGUCAAUCGAGCAGCGGUGGAUGUCGAUUCUGUUGCCACUGCUGUUACUUUACAACAAUCCAAUCUUCCCGCUGAUCUUCCUGGUGAAUAGUUGGCUUCCGGGAAUGAUCGACGCUAUUCUGCAGGCAACGUUCCUCUGUGCGCUAUUACUAUUCUGGCUUUGCAUCUACCACGGGCUACGACAGAACGAACGUAAGCUACUGACGUUCUACGUCCCCAAGUUGAUAGUCAUCUUGCCGAUCUGGCUGUGUGCGGUAGUUCUGGCGACCUGGGAGAAGUGCAACGAGAUGAAGGAUCCUACCUAUAGCCACUUUGUUGAUACCGGGAACUAUAAUGGAUUCAAAACAUUCUUCUACAUCUCGAGUGCGAUGUAUCUGCUUUACCUUGUACUGCUAAUCCUGCGGGCGUACAGCGAACUGAGAUCAAUGCCAUUCUUCGAUAUGCGCCUCAAAUUCCUCACCCUACUGAUGCUGUUCGUGCUCGCCAUAACCCUGGCCGUGACCAUGUGCCGCUUUGGAUUCGGCAUCCUGGAGGAUAACUUCGUGGCUCAACUGAACACCACCUACAAAAGCUCCGCCCAGUUUAUGGGAUUCUAUGGACUGCUCAAUUUUUACCUGUACACAAUGGCGUACGUGUACUCACCGAAUGGACGACCACUGCAUGAAGCCACCAUAACUAAAGACAAUCCAGCCUUCUCGAUGAUCAACGAUUCGGACGAGGAGGUGGUCUACGGCUCGGAUGAGGAUAGUCGUCGACCGCUGAAUUCCAACUGUAGCAAGGGACAUGAUUAUGAUAGCGACUAGAGAGCUGGCGGAAGAUUGUGGUAUACAUACGGACUAGUGAAGGAACAGGGUGAUUGGCCAUGAAACGGGUAGACUUGAUGUUUUUAUUCAUUCCUUUAUGAGUGUCUUGUACGAUUACGACGGGAGGAUUCCAAGUAGGACAGUAACGGAAACGAACACGCAUAUCCUUUUCUUCAAACACUGAAGAGUUUUGAAUCGAUGUGUGUUUUUAAACAGUACUCCUAUACGUGUUUAGAUGUUACAGAUUUACUUUUAUUACGUCUGACAGUACUCACCUAAGGCACGGUCCGUAAUCCAGCUGGGGCUGAAUGAUUUUUUUUGUUCGAGAGAAAUUCAAACCGUUACAGUUUGUCUCAGAUUCCAGCCAUUUCAAACUGUUAGAUGUUCUUGCGAGCAAAAAUGCCCCCAAUCCAAUAACGCUAGCUAGAGUUUAAUUAAUAAAUUAGCGAAAAAAUGCGCUUGUGGUGACAACAGCAAACACAAGUAGUGGUCUUAGAAAAAUCAACAGUUUCACUAAACCUUGAACAAUAUCUACAUCAAUAAGCAUAGAAGAGUAGGAAGAAUACUUAUGGUACGACAAAAAAUGUAACAGAGAUUAGCAAAUAAACAUAUUUUUAUCCAGAAAAACACGCCUCGUGGAAAUUGAA